GGUAUACUUGGAAAGAGGGGUGGCUGUGGACAUGGUAUACUUGGAUAGAGGGGUGGUGGUGGGUGUGGUAUACUUGGACAAAGGAGUGGCUGUGGAUGUGGUAUACUUGGACAGAGGGGUGGCGGUGGACGUGGUAUACUUGGACAGAGGGGUGGCGGUGGACGUGGUAUACUUGGACAGAGGGGUGGCGGUGGACGUGGUAUACUUGCACAGAGGGGAGGCGGUGGACGUGGUAUACUUGGACAGAGGGAGGGGUGGCGGUGGACGUGGUAUACUUGGACAGAGGGGUGGCAGUGGAUGUGGUAUACUUGGACAGAGAGGUGAACGUGGUAUACUUGGACAGAGGCGUGGCAUUGGACGUGGUAUACUUGGACAGAGGGGUGGCUUUGGCAUUGGUAUACUUGAACAGAAGGGGGUGGCGGUGGACGUGGUAUACUGUGGGACAGAGGGGUGGCUUGUGUGGAUGAUGUGGUAUACUUGGACAGAGGGGUGGCGGUGGACGUGGUAUACUGGGACAGAGGGGUGGCUGUGGAUGUGGAAUACUUGGACAGAGGGUUGGCAGUGGACGUGGUAUACUUGGACAGAGAGGUGGCAGUGGAUGUGGUAUACUUGGACAGAGGGUGGCGGUGGACGUGGUAUACUUGGACAGAGUGGGGUGGCGGUGGACGUGGUAUACUUGGACAGGUGGGGUGGCGGUGGACGUGGUACUUAAGACACAGUCUCCGGGACACACUUGGGCUAAUGUGUAAGUGGGGUAUACUUGGACCGUGAGGUUCAGUG